GCUACUCAUUGGAAGAAUAAAGCGGAACAUUUAGAUAGGCUUUUAUUUACAGAACAUAGCGGUAUACUUUAAAAAAAAAAAAAAAAGUAUCAGGGACAGUAGAUCACUUACAGGUGUAUGUGGGUGGCAAAACAAGUGUGGGGGGACCUCACCUCUGCAUUUUGGAAGUCCACAGACUACACAAAUCAAGACACAUUCCCCUCCAAAAGUAUUGGAACAGCAAGGCCAGAAUUGGGUGGUCUGAUACAAAAGGACACAAUGGCAACUGGUGCAGAUGUGCGAGACAUACUGGAGUUAGCUGGAGGAGAUGGUGAUGCAGGCCCAAUUAGUAAAAAGGACAUCAUUAACUCAGACAAGAAAAAGGCCAAGAAAUCAACAGAAACACUGACAUUCAAGAGGCCAGAAGGAAUGCACAGAGAAGUCUAUGCCCUCCUCUAUUCAGAUAAAAAAGAUGCUCCCCCACUGUUGCCCAGUGACACAACCCAAGGUUAUCGAACAGUCAAAGCCAAACUGGGUUGCAAGAGGGUACGCCCUUGGAAGUGGAUGCCUUUCACCAACCCUGCCAGAAGGGACGGAGCCAUUUUCCACCACUGGAGACGCCUGGCUGAGGAGGGCAAGGACUAUCCCUUUGCCCGAUUUAACAAGUUGGUGCAGGUGCCGGUGUACUCAGAGCAGGAGUAUCAGAUGUAUCUUCAUGAUGAUGGAUGGACCAAAGCUGAGACAGAUCAUCUCUUUGACCUCUGCAAGCGCUUUGACCUCCGCUUCAUUGUCAUCCGUGACCGUUUUGACCAUCAGCAGUUCAGGAAACGUUCAGUGGAAGACCUAAAGGAACGCUACUACAACAUCUGUGCCAAACUUGCCAAGAUUCGCGCAGCAACAGGGAGUGAGCCAAAGAUAUAUGUUUUUGAUGCUGGACAUGAAAGGCGUAGGAAAGAACAGCUGGAUAGGCAGUUCAACCGCACCCCAGAACAAGUGGCAGAAGAAGAGUACCUUAUCCAGGAGCUACGCAAAAUAGAGAUUCGGAAGAAAGAGAGAGAGAAGAAGGCUCAAGACCUACAGAAGCUGAUUACAGCUGCUGACACCACCACAGAGAUGCGACGCGCUGAGCGCAAAACCACUAAGAAGAAGCUUCCCCAGAAACGAGAAACUGAAAAACCAGCAGUUCCAGAGACAGCAGGCAUCAAGUUCCCUGACUUCAAAUCCGCUGGUGUCACGUUGCGCAGCCAAAGGAUGAAACUCCCAAGCUCAGUUGGACAGAAGAAAAUCAAAGCCAUUGAACAGAUCCUGACGGAACAGGGCGUGGAUCUGAGCCCAAUGCCUACAGAGGAGAUAGUGCAAAUGUUUAAUGAGCUUCGCAGUGAACUGGUUCUGGUGUACGAACUCAAGCAAGCACAUGCAAACUGCGAAUAUGAACAGCAGAUGCUGCGCCAUCGAUAUGAAGCAUUGCUUAAGACAGGCGGGACCAGUGUCUCCCCUGGAGAUGGGCUCGGAGCCGAAGUACAGGCUGCACCUGGGACCGAGGAGCUGAAGUUGGAGUCAAAAGAGCACAUCAUUGAUGUGGUGGGUGCACCACUCACCCCUAACUCACGCAAACGUAGGGAAUCAGCCUCCAGUUCUUCAUCCAUCAAGAAAGCAAAGAAGCUGUGAUGCAAAUGAAGAAUUGCUACAUAAGAUCAGGAUGACCAGGAGUGAAUGGUGGAAAAAUGUGUUGGACUACUAGGACCCAGCUACAACCACUGUGCAGAGUAUUCACUUAUCCAGGAUUCUUCUCACCAUAGCCAUUUGCCCUGUAGAUAUCACAUGAUAUAUACAGGCCAGCCUGUCUCUUUUGCCGUCCCAUACUGGACAAAUCCACCAUAACACACUUGGACUAACAUUCUAUUCCAUUAUUUUUCCCCAUGUCUUCCUGUAUUAGGGCUGCAUGAAGUGUUGGUUACCAUAGAGAACUAACUGGGCACUGGCAAAAGUUAAAAUUAAACAGUGGCUGUGUAGAGGGGAAGGAUCAUCUUCUCUCAUUACAAUAACACAGCAAAGGUUCACCUUCUCAUAUGGAGGUUGGCGAUUUUAUCUUCCCAAUUCAGAAAAACAAGUAAACUAUAUAGCUGGAAAAGCACAGGCAGCGACUUCCAGUUAGACAAGAGUAGUCAGAACCGUGUGCUGUUGUCUUGUAUCAAGCACUGUUUGCUUAAUAAAUGUAAUUUUGCUUUUUCCACA